AUGGAUACCAGAGAGAGACUGUCUCUGUUGGCUAAGAACUUACACGUACAGAUUGACGGCUGUGAGCCCUGCCGUACAGAUACCUUCAUCAGAGAACCCUUCAUUUUCACUGUUCUCCUCGAAACUACACAGCUAGCUGUGAGGAACUUUGUUUUGAUACCUCAACACACGUUCUCAGACUCGGCAGUGAAGGAGGUUGACGCUCUGUACGAUGUGGCACUGGAUGUCAGAGCUCGCUGGAACACCAAUGACAUAGUGCUGCUGGGGGACUUCAACGCAGGCUGUCGCUACGUGAUUGGAUCAGACUGGCAGCGGAUACGCCUCUUCACAGACGACAGAUACCACUGGCUGAUACCUGACCACGCUGACACCACCGUCUCCAACACCGACUGCCCUACGACAGUCACUCAGGUGGUGGCCACCACUGAGAUGAUGAGAGGAGAUCCUGGGUCGGCUGAGGUGUUCGACUACAUGACACAACUGAAGCUCAGCCACAGCAUUGGUAACAACUCUUACCCCUUAAAGGAGGACUCAGCCAUAUGAUGUUGCAUGCACGAAGUAAACACAAUAUCGGGUCUAUAUCUCACAACUAUAGCAUUGAAGCGCGAGGCUAAACUUUCAAUAUGUAUAUUUUAUUGUACUACACCGGAUAGGUGCAGUGAAAUGUGUUGUUUUACAGGGUCAGUCAUAGUAGUAUGAUAGGUGCAGUGAA